AAAAGGAUUGCAAAAUCAAAUCCCUAUGAAAAUAUAGACAUCAUUGAUGUCUAUGUGUUUAUUUGUAUAAAAGAAUUCGAAAAAACACUUUGGUUUUUUCCAAUUUACAGUUACUAUAGUAUCAGAGUUAUGGAUAGCAGCAAGGAAACUAGCUGCUUCUACCUAUAAAUUUUUGAAGAAAAAUCAGACCAUGCAAAAAAGAGAUGCUUGUAAAUGGAUACGAAGAUGGGUGGGGCUAUCAAUCUCAAUCAUAGUUAUGGCUUUGCCAAUGGCUUUGCCAUUAAAUUCGGAAGCAUUUCCGAUAUUUGCACAGCAAAACUAUGAAAGUCCUCGAGAAGCGACUGGACGCAUUGUAUGUGCUAAUUGCCAUUUGGCAAAAAAACCGGUGGAUAUCGAAGUGCCACAAGCAGUUCUUCCCAAUACUGUUUUUGAAGCAGUAGUUAAGAUUCCGUAUGAUACCCAAAUUAAACAGGUAUUAGCCAAUGGUAAAAAAGGGAAUAUCAAUGUAGGCGCUGUGGUAAUCUUACCGGAAGGCUUUGAAUUAGCACCUGAAGAUCGUAUUCCUCCAGAAAUGAAAGAAAAGAUUAAUAAUCUUUACUUCCAAACUUACAGACCCGAGCAGAAAAAUAUUUUGGUAGUAGGUCCUGUACCUGGAAAUAAAUAUAGUGAAAUGGUAUUUCCUAUAUUAUCUCCCGAUCCAGCUACUAACAAAGAAGCGUCUUUCUUAAAAUAUCCAAUCUAUUUAGGUGGGAAUAGAGGACGUGGACAACUUUAUCCUGAUGGUAGCAAGAGUAAUAAUACAGUUUUUAGUGCUUCUGCUUCAGGAACAAUUAAGAAAGUUGUUCGUACUAAUAUCAAAAAAGGUGGUUACGAUAUAACCAUUAUUACAGCAGACGGUAAAGAAGUAAUUGACGUUAUUCCUCCAGGACCAGAAUUAAUUGUUUCCGAAGGAGAAUCCGUUAAAGUUGAUCAACCAUUGACUAAUAAUCCAAACGUAGGUGGUUUUGGACAAGCAGAAACCUCCAUAGUACUGCAAGAUCCAUUAAGAAUUCAAGGACUUCUUGUAUUCUUUGCAUCUGUAAUUUUGGCACAGAUUUUCCUAGUUCUGAAGAAAAAACAAUUUGAAAAAGUACAACUUGCUGAGAUGAAUUUCUAAGUAAAUAAAGUAUUGAUGUGGAAAACCACAGGAAGCGCUCGAUUAUCUUUUCUAUAGAUCGUAUGAGUCCUAAUCAAUGAGCUUAGAUCUAAAGCCUCUCCAUUUACAACGUGUAAUGAUGGAGUGCUUAAAUAUUGAGAGUUUUGAACACUGUUAUUUCAUUCCUGUUUUGGCACAAACAGCAGAAUACUGGGGAGAUGCUCAAGUAGCAUCUACCUGUAAUCUUAUGUCACAACAGGUAAAAGAAUAUUUUGAUCAUGCAGCUCAUGUUCAUUUCUAUCUAGCAAAACAGCAUAGACAUUUGAAUCAGAAUUUCUCUAUGCAUGAUCAGUAUUAUGGUUUGCUAAAUACCAUAAAAGUAGAAAAAAGACAAAAAGAUCAAAAAAUCUCUCAGUAUCAAAGUGAUAUCUUCGAUUCUUGUAAUGAAACCACUAGAAGCUUGAAAUCAAUUCAUGGAACACAUUUUUUUCUAAAUAAAUACGAAAAAGAAAAAAAAAAUAUAUUGAAAUCUUUAGAAGAAAUAGACAACAACCUUUGGGAAAUUUCAAAAAAAAUAGAAGAGAAUCUAGAAAGAAAAAAUAUGCAUCAUAAUAUUCAAAAAACUUUCUCCUCAAUGCCUAGAAACUUUCUAGAUCAUGAUGAUUUUUUUCUACUUUUAAAAAUUUUACGACAUCGUAAAAUUUGGAAAUCAACUAGAUGGUAUCCAUUAGUGUCUAAAUUAACAUCUAAUGAAAAAAUGUUUCAUAUAUCACGUCUAUUUAUGCAAAUGUCUCAAUCGGAGAAAGAUAUUAGUAGAUUAUUGAUGGAAUUAAUGCACCAAUAAAUUUAUUGACUAUAC